AUGACAAUCUCGAUCCUUCCUCUUGAACCUACACCGCGAGAAUACGGACCACCAACGGCUGUUCUACCGCCUAUCAAGUCGCUUUCGUCGAUCUCUCCGGACAAUUUUUCCCGUUUGCUUGAUUAUCUGCGCCUAAUUUACGUACCGGAAGUGCGAGGCUCCCGCCGCCUGCUGCCCAAACCCAAAGCGCCGCGACCAGACCAGACGACUGCGCUGGAUGUCUUUCGAGAUGAUCACUUCGAGCGCGCGCACGCCCUGCGUUGGCUCACAGCCAGCCUUGCCCGCUUUUCAGCCGAGGAUUCCACGGCCGACGCGUUGCUCCAGUCAGCCGCUUCAUUACUUGCGAUCUGUGCCGGCGCAUCAGCAGCGGGAGCGCUGACCCGGCGUUUCGCAUUUGGCCCCAUUCACAUCGAGUUGAUGGACACCGCACUGGAGAAUGAUCUCGGGAGCGUAGGCGCGCAGACAUGGGGCGCUGCAUGCGUGCUGGCCGACAUGCUUACCGAGGACCCAGCGGCGUUCCUCCCGCUGAACAAGCCUUUACCACCCGUUAGAGUGCUCGAACUUGGGGCGGGGACGGGCCUGGUCUCGAUGACCUUGGGCAAACUCGCUCAGCGCCUCUCUUUGCCGCUCGACGUCGUCGCAACGGACAAUCAUCCCGCCGUUCUAGACAAUUUACGCGCGAACGUGGAUACCAAUACCGCUCCCGGCUCAAGACCCGUACGCGUUGCUCGGCUGGAUUGGACGGAAGUCUUCGCUACAGCGACUACCGGCGCCAAUAUACCGCUUUCGCUAGACCCGGCGCUCGAUGAAACGUUCGACGUGAUAUUUGGCGCCGACGUUGUGUACGCACCAGAGCAUUCACGCUUGCUGCACGCCUGUGCGGCUCGUUUUCUACGGCCGGGUGGACAGUUCCAUCUCGUCGUGCCUCUUCGGGCUGGCCAUAGUCGUGAAGUGGCUAGUGUCGAGGAGGUCUUCUCUUCCUCUAGUGGCGACGCGCCAAGCAUCACCCGAAAGGAAACGGUCGUUUGCGAGGGAAGUCCGAAAGGGCCCGGUCGGCCGAGUGAGGAGAUUGAGUAUUGGCACUUCGUUCUCGAGUGGCCGCUUGGCGGGUCUGGAUCACAGCAUAGCGACUCUAGCGCAUGA